AUCGCACCCGGUUUAGUAGAGAGAACGAGAUUCGUGAGAGUGGAACAUCUCUGCGUGGUUCCAGCAGCAGAUAAAAUUCGGACGUGCGACGGAAGGAAGUGACGACCGGACAGGCAGAAUACCUACUUUUUUCUCCAUUUGCCAAAAAUUAAGUCUUCCUGGGUGGAGAACAAUCACAGGAAUCGUGGAACGGAAGUGAAACUUUCAAUUUGCAGUGAUAGGAAGUGAAAGCCAACCUGUCAAAAGUGGAAGAAUCGAUAAAGACAGUGAAACGGAAGUAAAAGGUGACAAUUUUGGAGUGUGUCGAAAAGUAAAACAUCAGUGACAGCAAGGGCUAUCGAUUCAGUGAUUCGCGGCCGAACAUUCCAGUAUUUAGUGUCGAUAAGAUGAAAACCUUAGCAACGUACUCCCUGCUGAUUGGGGCAUUGCUUGCGGCUGCCUACGCGUAUCCAGCGAGCGAAAGCAAACAGAGCGACCCGGCCGAUGAUGCGGAAUUCAUUGUGGUUCCCCUCGAACAUCAGCGGCCAUCCUACUUCAACCGGUACCCGAGCAGUUUCGAUAGCUUCGAUGGACUUGUGGACACGGACGAUUUCCCACACCCCGGCCAGAAUCCGGUCUUCUUCCCCUCGGUUAACCCCUUCACAUGGCAGUUCUCGUCUUACCUUGACGAUCUGGUGAAGCGACUCCGUGACCGAUUCUCCGGCUCGUGGAAUCCGUUCUAUGGAGGUGGUGACUUUGCUCACUCCGGACCCGGUGUGUGGCCAAUUGAAAUUCCCGACGAUGACUCUUCCGAGGAUGGUCAGACCAACUCUACCUCAACUGUCAAGAUCAUCGAUGGACAUAAGGUCAUUAUCAACGACACUUACUACACCAAGAAGACGCAAUUCGGAACAUCAAUCUACAAGGUUCGAGUAAUCGAUGUCAAGCCAGCCGAUGGAGAUGAAAGCGAGAAGCCAUCUACCGAAGACAAGCCAGUGGAAACUGGAAACCGUAAUGGAUCGGAUAACGGUGAUGAAUCUCCUAAGAAAGAUGAGGAAUCCGACGAUAAGGAACCCACUACUGCAGUUCCAAAGCGUGACACCGAAUUGGAUUCCAGUGACGAAGAAACCAAUGCUGUCGAUGACAGUGCGAACACCAUCGACCCCGCCAAGGACAUCGACUCAUCCAAGAAGGUCGAGCCCGAGGUUCACGAGGAACAAGAAUUUGACGACGAUUCCUUGGCCGAACUGAAAUCGGCCUUUUUCUCUGAUUCGGACUCAGUGGAGCGAAACGUCCUUACCAAUGCCCCGGAGAAUGAUCGAGAAGACGACAGCUCAUCCGAACAGACACCAGACGAGGACUUUUCACCGGACGAGUGGAGGCAAUUCCAGGACAAUCGGAAGCGAAUCGUUGUUAGUGUGAAUGGAGGACCCACACGGUAUCCCGUUCGGAAUCAGAACCAAAAUCAGUUGGGCAUCGAUUCUCCUGUGGCUGGUGAAACGAUCGAUCUCACGAAUGAUAUCGCCAUCAACGAGAUGCUGGCUGACCAAUCGAUCCCACUGCACCCCGACGUAGAGGUUUUCGCUCCGAACCGCAGACGGCCGACUCAACAGGAUCCAAUGCAGCAGUUUCCAAUGUUCCCAGGAUUUCCUCAGGCGUUCCCAGGUGGAAACCGGUUCCCAUAUCCAACCCAGUUCCCGCAGCAAUUUCCCAAUCAAUUCCCGCAACAGUUCCCCCAAUACCCACAACGUCCAUUCGGGCAGUUCCCGGUACAAGCAUUCCCCGUGUUACCUCCACCGAUCAGUCAACAUCCGAAUCCACUUUUGUUUGGACAAGGACAGCAAACGCCAAUGCAGCAGAUACCAGUUCAGCAGCGACCCGAUCAGCAGACGCCCAUUUUGGUGAUGACGUUCCCAACGAAUUUUCCGGCUGCCUUUCGGGAUAUUAGACCUUAACCAAUGAUACAUUGGUUUUAAAUUUAUAUUUCAUCUUAUUUAUAAGUAAUUUAUUUAUUUAUUUAUUUAUUUUUUAAAUUAUUGUUUAAUAUGCUGCUACUAAGCCACCAAAGAUCAGGGAGAUUUCAGGAAUAUGAAAAUAUUCAAAUAUUUGCCAAUAAGAUUACCCAAGAUGCCGAAACGCGGAACGAAAUGUGCUUUGCUUUAUAAUUGCAACAAUAAACAAGUGACUGAAUGACUGACUGACUGAGA